UGUACAAAUCCUCGGGAGGUACUGUGCGAUCGAAGUCUUGCGGGAACGUUCAGUCGGCAAACAUCUGUCGAUGCCGAUGGAGUCAGCAGCAGAUCGGGCUUCGUAUUUAUCUGAUGCCGUUAUUCGUGGCCACUAUCGCCAAGUCAAAUUUUAUUUAGACGCUGGCUAUGACCAGGAUUAUAUCGAUCAUUAUCGCGAAGGAAGCACCCCCCUGAUACUGGCGGUUACCCAGUUAAAGGACGACGAAUCAAUAAGAAAUCGCUUAAUUGUUCUUUUACUACAUGCCGGAGCUGAUCCAAACAUCGGUGAUAGGUACGGCAUGACACCACUAAUGCACUCUAUUUUACGACGACAAACGAGCUCUAUCCGUCUUCUAUUGGAAUCGAAACGACUAGAUCACGGCAUGGAGGACUUAGAUGGAAACAGUGCAUUAAUGCAUGCCGCCUCACUUGGUUUAACGGAGAUAGUGGCAAUCAUCCUCGACCGAUUAAGCGCAGUCCACCGAAUGAUAUGUCUUGGACAGAAAAACCGAAAUGGGCUUACAGCUGGAAAUCUGGCUGAAGGAUAUGAAAAGAAGGAAUUAGCCGAUUUACUGAGCUGGAAGAACCAAUAUUUCCUGCCUAGGAACUUUGAAGGUUUCGCUUAUCCCCGUCAGCUUGAUCAAGAAAAAAAUACUUCAUCGACUAGUAGCAAUGAUGGGCUGCAGGCAUUCAAAGGUGACAAUCAAACUCCAUACACCCCCGAAAUACAAAGGCGCCAUUGGCGGAAGUGUGCAAAGCUAAACGAUGGUAACUGCUCAGAUCAAACUGGUAGCAAUCAACAGUAAAGCAAUUUUCGUCCUUUAUGAGUUUCGCAUAACAAAAGUAAACGCUCCUGGACAAUUGUGGAUUCACAAACGAAA